AUGCUGGGUGCAGCCCCGGUAUUCGGUAACCAGGAAUGCGUUUUGGUAACCGGCAAAGUGGGCUGCUUAAAUGAUGCGGGAGCUGCUGCUGGGGUGAAGGUCGAGCUCUGGGAUUCUGAUGCACUUUGGGAAGCAGAUGUAUUCAUCAACCGCUUCGGCUUCAAAGACGACGACUUGAUGAGGGAAACGUUGACCAACGAGGAUGGCAAGUUCAAACUGUAUGGAUGCGCAAGCGACACCGACGUUCUACCCGGACUGUUCGGGAAAAAUAAGCCCGAUCCGUACUUAAAGAUCCAUCAUAAUUGCAGUGGUCCGGGCCAAGUCAAGCGCAUGGACCUACUACAACAGUUCUUAGGGGAUAAACAGGAGGUGCGCCGCACGCUCUAUCUCAACCCCGCGCACAAAAUGCCGUUGGCGGUUGUGGUCUGUAUUCGAGACCCCAAUAAUCAAGACGGAUGCCCUGGCAGUAUAGCCGUCACUUCACCCGGAUCGAUCCUCCUUGUUCGGCCGAUGGUUCGAAUAUGCCUGCUAUUCCUGCGAAUAUUCGGCCUGGCCUGGGCCAGCUACGAAUGCGUGGACCUUUACGGGAGAGUGAGCUGCGGUCAUGACGAGGCUCGGGCGGCUAACGUCGAGGUGCAGCUCUGGGACUCCGACGGUUUUCUGGGGAUCCAGAGAUUCAACGAGGACGAUUUAAUGGGAAGCACGCGUACAAAUGCGGCCGGCAAUUUCUCAGUUUAUGGUUGCGCGAUGGAUCCUAACUUUCUUUUCAUCCCGGACCGGCCGGAUCCUUAUCUCAAGAUAAAACAUAAUUGCAACGGCGUGGCUGGUGGCGAAACCUUGACCGUGCCGCUGAAUCAAACGUUCGAACCAGUGAAGGUUUAUCUGGACAUCCGACUGUCGUCGCCGCAAAUGCUGGAGGCGUACGCUCAGAAAAAGCAGGAGCAGGGGCCGUCAGGAGUUGAUUUGUCGGUUUUCCAUGACGGCGGCCUAAUUCCCGGGAUGGAUCCGGAACAAAUCCGAGCCGGCGACACCGCCGUAAUCACCUGCAGAUCUUCGUCAGGCGCCAACCUGGAAUGGACCAAGAAUGACGCGCCGCUGAAGCAGGGUUCGCGGAGCGACAGGAUCCGGUUGGAGAACAUUACCGCGGCCGACGAUGGGAAUUACAAAUGCCAUCAGCAUACGGCAGGCCGACUAACACUUGUCGGUGCGAAAACGCUAACGGUAAAUGCACGGGAGCCUAUCGAGCCCUUCUCCCACACAUCGUCGCACAUGACGGACCAGAUAGUAAAUCUGAGGUGUCCAAUCCCUGGCGCGGCAAACAAGCAAAUAGUGUGGACAAAAGAUGGCGGACCCAUUGGGCAACAUCUCGGUCACACCGGAAAUCAGAGCCAUCUCCUGUUUUUGACGCCAUUCACACAAGAGCACGAGGGGAACUACACCUGCGAACUUGCCGGCGUUCCUGCGAUCUUCCGUUUACUGUUCAUCAAGCCACCGCCCAUAGAAUUGCACUGGAUAAUUGUGGCUUUUACGACUUUCUCGGUCUGUCUGUUCGUCAUCUUCCUGCUGGUCGCGAAGUGCCGGAAGCACCAGAAACGCGCCAAAAAUCUGACGGUGGAACUAUAUGAGAUGCAACAGGCUCUUCUGAACAAAGGGUUUUCUUGGGAUCAACUCCGCAAAGAGAUGUUGCCCAUGGACCAGCAGGUCGAAAAGUUGGCAUAUGAAGCCAGCCUCUUCGAGAUCCCGCCCCGCCACUUGAGGAUCGGUGACACGAUUGAUUCCGGCCAUUUCGGUCUGGUCAAAAAGGGAUGGCUGAAACCUCGAAUAUCAGGAGGCGGUGGUGAAGAGGUCCUCGUCGCGGUUAAGAUGGCCCUGAAUCUGGAAGAUACGAAGCAGCAGAAGAUGCUCACCGAGGAGCUGAAAAUCAUGGGCGCCAUUCGUCCGCAUCGAAACAUUUUGCGUUUACUGGGGGCAGUGACAAAGGAUAUGCGCACUGGUCGUUUAUACAUCGUCACCGAAUUUUGUGAAAGAGGCAGCUUACUACACUACGUGCAAGGGCUUGGAAAGGAGUCGCGGAUCUCGAUUGAGUCGCCACGCUACCCCUCGCCGACGACGGUCUUUGAAUCGAUCUUCAAUUCGAGUUCCACCGAAAGCGGGCCCCCGGUUCCGAAAAUCAUCGCAGACGCCGCAUCCGCAGAAAUGGAAUCACUACUCACGGUCCAGGAUCUAGAUGUCAUCAGCGAACUGCUCGAUUUUGCCAUCCAAAUCGCUCAAGGAAUGGCUUUUUUGAGCGAGGUUCCGUGCGUUCACCGAGAUUUGGCGGCAAGGAACGUGUUGCUCACGCGCGAUAAAACCUGUCGAAUCGCCGACUUCGGGCUGGCCAAGCGGAUGAUGAAUGAUUAUUACCGGAAAGCCCCCGACUCCGACGAGAGGAUGCCGACGCGUUGGCUGAGCCCGGAGGCGCUAGGGACGAUGCGGUACACGCAAGCGUCUGACGUCUGGUCGUUCGGUAUACUGCUCUACGAAAUGUUUACGCUGGGCGAUAAGCCGUAUCCGGGCGUUGGGAAUGAAGUGCUUCCCGGGAAGAUCAAAGACGGGCUACGGUGUCCACGGCCCAAAUAUGCCACAGAUGCUUUCUACGCGUUCAUGAAUGACUGCUGGGCACUAUCGCCAGCAAAACGUCCGAAUUUCAAGGCAAUCCGGAUGUUUCAACUCUCGAACCAACAGCUCGAAUUGGAAGAGCCGAAACCAAAAGUCGAAAUCUUCGAAGUGCAAAAUAGCAUCUACUUUGGCUCGGCCAACACCCACGAUAACUACGAGCCUGUGACUCGCCGCCUUCAGAAAAACAUUGACGGCUUGAAC